AUGACAAGGGGAGAGAUCGCAGAGCUCAAGAACCACCCAGAGGUUAAGCAUAUUGGGGCCAGAGACUCUGACAGGUCAGGCAGUGUCCUGGAGAGUUCUGUCAGGUACAGGUUCAUCCCUGUGGUGAUACCUCACCCCCUGGAGGAUGGGACUCCAGUUCCUCGUUAUGUGGGAAAUUUAGGGCUCACUGCUGAGCACAGGGGACGGGUGGGGGGCGUGGCCUCCGCCACGUCUGUGCUGCAGGCACUGCGGGCCGUGCUCCUGGUCUAUGCCGUGGGCGCUUCAGUCAUCUUACGGCAGCUGCUGCGGCGCCUGCGCGGGGGCUUCCGGCCGCCAGUGCUGCCCUGGCAGCCCGACCGCGUAGCUCUGGUGACUGGAGGCACUGAAGGCAUCGGCCUGGCCACAGCACAGCAACUGGCGGCCCUGGGCAUGCGCGUGGUGAUAGCGGGAAAUGACAAGGCAAAGGCGCAGGAGGUCGUGACCCGGAUCCAAGCCGAGACCAAGAACAAGAGGGUGCACUUCCUGUUCUGUGACCUCGCCUCCCUGGCCUCCGUGCGGAAAUUUGCCAGCGACUUCCUGUCCCUGGGGUUCCCACUACACGUGCUGGUGAACAAUGCCACAGUCUUGAUGGUUCCGCCCAGCAAAACGGAGGACGGCUUUGAGCGCCACAUGGGAUUGAACUUCCUGGGCCACUUCCUGCUAACGAGGCUACUGCUGGGUGUGCUGCGGGCAUCAGGGUCGCCUGGUCAGAGGUCGCGUGUGGUGACCCUGGGGUCAGCCACGCACUAUGUGGGGGAGCUGGACAUUGACACCCUGCGGGCCAGGUGGGCCGGGCUGGGGUGGGGCUAAUGGUUGGGGCC